AUGAAGAAUUGCAAUCCCGUCGAUACUCUAGUUGAGUUUGGUUUGAAGCUAAACAAAGUUGGAAGAGGAGAUAUGGUAGACAACACGCUCUACAGGCAAAUUGUAGGUAGUUUGAUGUAUCUUACUGCUACAAGGCCUGACAUCAUGUAUGUUGUAAGUUUUAUAAGUAGGUAUAUGGAGAGUCCGGCAGAAAUUCACUUGCUAGCUGCCAAGAGGAUCCUUCCCUACUUACAAGGAACUAAGGAUUUUGGUUUGUUCUACAAGAAGGGUGAAAAAUCUGAUCUGAUUGGUUUUGCUGACAGCGACUAUGCAGGAGAUCAAGACGAUAGAAAGAGUACUUCAGGCUAUGUUUAUUUACUAGGCACAACGGUUGUUUCAUGGUCUUCCAGGAAGCAAAAAAUUGUCACUUUAUCUAGUACUGAAGCGGAAUUUGUUGCUGCUACAACUUGUGCUUGUCAAGCUGUUUGGUUGAGGAGGAUUCUUGAAGAACUACAAUUCAAACAAGAAAAAGCAACUACAAUUUUCUGUUACAAUAACUCUGCCAUUAAGCUAUCAAAAAAUCCUGUUUUACAUGGAAGAAGCAAGCACAUUGAUGUGAAAUAUUAUUUCUUGCGAGAUCUCAAUAAUGAAGGAACAAUAGAGCUGCAGUACUGCUGA